AUUAACAACGGGGAGAAUAAUAAUAAUAAUAUUAAUGUAAGUGAUGAGACAGAGACUAUGAAAAUGGAGGAAGAAGUGAUGACAGAUGUUAAGAGUGAUACACAGACGGAAAAUGUUGAAACUGUGCAAGGAGAUGAAGAAAUAACUGAAGGUCAGGAUGUUGUUGAUGUGGAGAAACUUGUUGGUGUUACGGAAGUUGACGACGCAGGAGAACCGGUGGAGGCAGAUGAGGAUAAGUUGGUGGAUACGGAUGUGGAGAGUGAUGAAGAGAAAGCAGGGGCGGAAUCACCGGAGCAGUCUGUUAAACCCGGGGGUGCCGGGGGAAGAAACGGAAAAGAGGAGGGAAGACGCCACAGGAUACUCCGAAAUCUAGUGGUGGAGGGCGGAAGACGGUUGAGGAGGAGGAUGUUUGCUUCAUGUGUUAUGAUGGUGGAGACCUUGUGAUAUGUGAUAAGCGUAAUUGCCCUAAAGCUUAUCAUCCUGCUUGCAUUAACCGGGAAGAGGCUUUCUUUCAAACUAAGGGUCGAUGGAAUCGUGG